UUACAAGAAAACAUCCUCCCACAAAUAACAGAAGUUGGAAUAGCAGACAGAAGAUUCAGCUCAUAGUAAGGUGGGUGUGUAUGGUGGCUCUGGUCCAAAACAAAUCCUAAUUGAGACCCAACUAUAACCCACUCAUGUUUCCACUUUUUAUAAAUGAAAGCUUACUAAUCCUGUACAAAAAAGUUUUACUCCUAUGUGAUAUUAAAAGUACCAUCAUUGUAUAUCAUCACUAUGAGCAUAAUAAGGUGCAUUGUAGUCAUGUACAAAACCUUACCCAUUCUCUGUCUCAACUCGGUCUCUACUCUCCUUAACUUAACCACUGUAUUGAAUUUGGAAUCCCAGUGAAACAGCAAUGGCCAUCCUUUGAGUCUCUUCAAAUCAUCUCCUAUCAAUGUAGGGUGCCAGGGGCGGGCCACGCGGGCUGGCCCGCGGGCCCUCAAUAAAAAGUGCGGGCGGGCUGCGCCAACCGCCGCAGCCCGGCCCGCUAGCCAGCCCGUUUUCCCAACCCUUAUUAGUAAAAGCAAUUCCCGUUUGUCUCUGAACCCUCAAACCAGCGCAGCAUCAAAACAUCAGGUUUGUCUCUGCACCCAUUCGCGCGCGACGAUUCCCAGCACCGGCGGUCCCCCCAGCCAGCGGCGAUUCCCAGCACCGGCGGUCACCCCCAGCCAGCGGCGGUCUCCCUUUGCAACGGCGUCAUUCUCCCUGUGGUUGGAGAUUUUGACACUGCUGAUUAUAAGCGCAAUAUUAGGAUCUUAAAUUGGAUUUAGAAUGGAUGAGGAGGAUAAUACGCCCCUUUGCAAAAUUGAGAUUGAUGAAGAUGACAUGGAAAGACAAUCUGAGACUGGUGAAACUGUGAGAAAGAAAAGUAAGGCUACCACUUCUCACUGUUGGAGGUAUUUUACUAAGAUUAGGGUGGGUAAGGAUGGAAAAGAAAGAGCAAAGUGCAAUGGUUGCAACAAAAUAUUUGUGUGUGGUGGAAGAAAGUAUGGUACUUCUCAUUUGAAUCGUCAUGUUAUGAAAUGUGAUAAAGUCAAAACUGAAGAUAUUGGUCAAAUGAUGUUAGAUAUGCAGGGAAAGGUUGAGGAAAAAAAAAUAGAUCAAGUAGUGCACCGUGAAUUGUUGUGUGAACUAAUUGUUAGGCACCAUUUGCCUUAUGAAUUUGUUGAGUACCCUGAUCUUAGGGAUUGGAUAAGCUACUUGUGUCCAGAUGCAGUUAUGGUUUCUAGAAACACUAUUAAGGCUGAUAUUGAAAGAAUGUAUAGGAAAGAAAAGAGAAUGCUUAAGGAUUUGCUUGUUUCUGCUCCUAGUAGGAUUUGCUUAACUGCUAAUUUAUGGACACCUAUUAAUACUAAGGGUUUUCUAUCUUUGACUGCCCAUUUUGUUGACUUGAAUUGGAAGUUAAAUAGCAAGCUUCUCAACUUUUGUCGUAUGCCUUUCCCCUACACUGGUUUUGAGUUGUUUAAGAAAGUUUAUGAACUUUUGCAAGAUUGGGGAAUAGAGAAAAAAAUAUUUUCGAUCACUUUGGAUAAUGCUUUAGCAAAUGAUGUGCUCCAAAAUACCUUAAGAAGUCAACUUCUUCUACAAAAUGGUUUGAUAUGUGGGGGGGAGUUCUUUCAUAUUCGUUGUUGUUCCCACAUAUUAAAUUUAAUUGUUCAAGAAGGAUUAAGUGUGCUUGGCAAUGGUUUGGAUCAAAUCAGAACUAGCAUCAAAUAUAUUAAGGGUUCUGAGACUAGAAUGCUAAAAUUCAAAAAAUGUCUUCAAAGGUUUUUUAGUGAGUUAGAUACAUCAUGUGGAUUGUGUCUUGAUGUCCCUGCAAGAUGGAACUCAACAUAUUUGAUGCUCAAAAGUGCUCUUAAAUAUAGACAUGUUUUUGGGAGCUUGCACUUGGUUGAUGAAUCUUACAAAUAUUGUCCUUCAGAGGAAGAGUGGGAGAGAGUUGAAAAAAUUUGUAGGUUCUUAUUGCCUUUUUAUGAUAUCACUACCUUAAUUUCUGUCACAAGUUAUCCUACUUCCAAUUUGUAUUUUUUACAAGUUUGGAAGAUUCAAUGUUUGUUGAUGGAAAAUACGAAGGAUGAGGAUGAAGUAAUUAAAAAUAUGGCUGAAUUGAUGAUGGUCAAAUUUGAAAAAUAUUGGGAUGAGUAUAGCGUUGUGCUUGCUUUUGGUGCAAUUUUAGAUCCAAGAAUGAAAUUAGAAAUAUUGGCCUUUUGCUUUGAAAAAGUUGAUCCACUUAAUUGGGAGCUAAAUUUGGGAAAAAUUAAGGAGAAACUGUACAAGCUUUUUGCUGAAUAUAAUAAUAAAGGUUUGCCAACACCAUCAAAUGUUCAAAGGCACAAACAUGGACAAUCUUCAUCCUCAUCCGCUUUUAUACCAGGCCUUUUUGAUGAAUUAAAAGAGUGCAAGCUCCAAUUAAGUAACAAAUCUGAAAGGACACAACUUGACACUUAUUUGGAUGAACCAACUCUUGAUUUUGAAUUCUUGGAGCACAUGGAUGUGUUAGAAUGGUGGAACAAUAAUAGUCAAAGAUUUCCUGAUCUUGCUUCAAUGGCUAGAGACCUAUUAAGCAUUCCAAUAAUCACUGCCGCAACUGAAUCUGCCUUUAGUAUUGGUUCUUGGAUCGUUAACAAAUAUAAGGAUCGCCUUUUAUAUGAGAAUGUGGAAGCACCUAUGUGCACUUCUAGUUGGAAGUAUGGAUUUGUUCUUGAAGAUGAUGGAGAAGAUAUUAAUUAUCAAAAUGGAGUAGAUGAAGGUUUAUUCAAAAUUCCAUCUAACAUUAUUGACAUGGACAUGAAAGACGAAGAAUGAUGGACUACCAUGGUGCUAAGAAGAUGUCAAGUGCCAGGCUGUUUCUGAAGUUGUUUUCUUUUACGUCGCGGAUCUCACAUUUUGAGUAGAUAGUUUGGUUAUUGAAGCUUCUAGUUAUCAGUUUAACUGCAGCAUGGGAUAUUUUCUUCCCUUUUUGUUUGAACUUCUUUACCUCUGAUAGAUAUCACCAUAAUCUGAUUUUGUAGCACCUCGUUAAUUAAUUCAAGCUCUUAUUAACGCUUGGUACUUUUUUUAUGUGUACAUGUGUGUUUGGUGGGAUGUUUAGAUUCUCAGAACUGUUUCAACUUUUAAUAAUUGAACCUACCAAAAACAAAUAAUUCAAACAUAGUCCGUCAGUAUCAUCUAUCUAAUUCAUUAGAUAUACUAUUCAAAUUAUAUUCUAAUACAAUGUUUUCUUUGUUACCCUUAAUUUUAGGCCCAAUUUCUGUGAAGAAAUAAAAAGAAUAGAUAUAACUGUUGUA